AUGAAAUAGUACAUUGAAGUAGGGUAUGCUCUUUCUAAUAGAGUGAAAUGUUAGAAUUGUCUUCAGAACAUUAUCAAAGACGACAUCAGGAUAGGCCAUGUAUUAACUAGACCUCCUGGUUUAGGGUUUGACAGAAAAGUAUGGUAUCACUUACCUUGUUUGACUUCAAUAAAGGGAGAUCGAAAUCAAGAUUUGGAUGUAGUUAAUAUCCACGGAUUGAAGGAAGAGGAUUAGAAGAAAGUAAGGCAGAGGGUCGAUUAGAUAAAGAAGAGUAGUUAUUAAAAAAAAGAUUAAAAGGAAGUGAAAUAUUUGUCAAAGCAGGAGCAUUUCCAAAACUAUGUGAAAAUAUAAAGGGAUUUACAUUUUAAUCAAAAGAUACGUCAAUAAGCUAUGUUUUUUUAGAAAAUGGAUUAGCCUGAGGAGGAAUGGUGA